AUGUUGUGCUUCAAAAUGUGGUCGAGAAACUAUAUACCGGAUUAUGGGAUUAAAUUGCUAUCUAUAAGCGUUCUGCUGACGAGUCUGGCGGCCAAAAUUCAUGGGGUCGAAGGCUUCGUGUCGUGCUCGCCGUCGCCCUGCAAGAACGGCGGAACCUGCCUAUCGACGCCGAGGGGGGAGUACUUCUGCAACUGCACGUCCCGAUACGCCGGCGAGUUCUGCCAGCAUCUGAAUCCGUGCCAUAGCGAAUCGAGCCCCCGGUGCCAGAACGGCGGCACUUGCCGGGUCCGUCCAGGAGUCGGCGGCGGACCACCGUCCUUCGCCUGCGACUGUCCCCUCGGCUUCAGCGCGUCGCUUUGCGAGAUACGAGUGCCAGCUGCCUGCGACUCCGCGCCAUGUCUCAACGGAGCGACGUGUCGACUUACGUCACUGCAUACGUUCGAGUGCGACUGUCCGCCCGGCUACACAGGUGCAGAAUGUUCACACGAAGACCACUGCGCAUCCCAACCAUGCAGAAAUGGUGGCCGUUGCGUUGCAGACAAUUCAACGGCCGCCGGCUACUCCUGCGCCUGCCCGCCCGGCUUCACCGGCACUCGAUGUACCGAAGACGUGGUGGAAUGUUCGAGCGGUUCCGGGCCAUGUCACCAUGGGAGGUGCUUCAACACCCACGGUUCUUACACGUGCGUCUGCGAGCCUGGAUACACGGGGCGGGAUUGUGACGCGGAGUACGUACCCUGCGAGCCCUCUCCCUGUCUCCAUGGAGGGAGGUGUACGCCGCUAGAUCAACUGAGAUACGAAUGCGACUGUCCCCCGGGGUACCGCGGCCAGAACUGCGAGAUAGACAUCGACGACUGCCCGGGCAACCUCUGUCAGAACGGGGCGACGUGCGUGGACGGACUCAACUCCUACACCUGCGAAUGUCCGCCUACGUUCACUGGGUCACUCUGCGAGACCGACGUCGACGAAUGCGCACUCAGGCCCCUCGUUUGUCAGAACGGCGCCACCUGCACCAACUCAGUGGGCGGUUUCUCCUGCAUCUGUGUCAACGGAUGGACGGGUCCUGAGUGUUCUGUUAACAUCGACGACUGCGCCGGUGCUGCGUGUUUCAACGGAGCCACUUGCAUCGAUAGGGUCGGUGCUUUUUACUGCAAGUGUACCCCGGGAAAGACUGGUCUGCUCUGCCAUCUCGACGAUGCCUGUACGUCUAACCCUUGCCAUGCGGACGCUAUCUGCGACACCAGUCCCAUCAACGGCUCUUACACUUGCUCCUGUGCCUCAGGAUAUAAAGGACUCGACUGUUCGGAGGAUAUCGACGAGUGCGAACAAGGAUCGCCUUGCGAACACGACGGCACUUGCGUGAACACCCCGGGUUCGUUCGCGUGCAAUUGCUCGGUGGGCUUCACCGGGCCGCGCUGCGAGACCAACGUCAACGAGUGCGAGAGCCACCCCUGCCGGAACGACGGCUCCUGCCUCGACGACCCCGGCACCUUCCGCUGUGUAUGCAUGCCUGGAUUCACGGGAACACAAUGUGAGGUGGAGAUUGAUGAGUGCGCGAACAACCCCUGCCUGAACGGUGGCGUGUGCCAUGACAUGAUCAACGCGUUUAGGUGCACUUGCGUCAUUGGUUUUACGGGCGCUCGUUGUCAAGUGAACAUCGAUGACUGCGCGUCGAGCCCGUGCCGCAAUGGCGGCACUUGCCACGACUCCAUCGCCGGCUACACCUGCGAGUGUCUGCCUGGAUACACUGGUGUCUCGUGUGAAACUAACAUCAACGACUGUCUAUCGGCACCUUGUCACCGUGGCGAGUGUAUCGAUGGCGACAACAGCUUCACCUGCAACUGUCACCCCGGGUACACCGGCCGCGUGUGUCAGACGCAGAUCAACGAAUGCGAGUCCAAUCCCUGUCAGUUCGGAGGCCACUGCGAAGACCUGAUCGAUGGCUAUCAGUGUCGCUGCAAGCCGGGUACUUCGGGCCGCAACUGCGAGAUCAACGUCAACGAGUGCUACUCCAACCCUUGCAGGAACGGGGCUACGUGCAUUGACGGCAUCAACAGGUACACCUGUGAGUGUAUCCCGGGAUUCACUGGACAGCACUGCGAGACGAACAUCAACGAGUGCCUCUCCAACCCGUGUGCGAACGGCGGCAAGUGCAUCGACCGCAUCAACGGCUUUCGAUGCGAGUGCCCUCGGGGAUACUACGAUGCCAGGUGCUUGUCCGAUGUCAAUGAGUGCGCUUCAAAUCCUUGCAUCAACGGAGGAACAUGCGAAGAUGGAGUCAACCAGUUUAUCUGUCACUGUUUACCGGGAUACGGAGGUCAACGUUGUGAGCGCGAUAUCGACGAAUGCAGCUCUAAUCCGUGUCAACAUGGCGGCACGUGUCACGAUCGGCUCAAUGCGUACAAAUGUGACUGUGUACUCGGAUUCACGGGCGUGAACUGCGAGACGAACAUCGACGACUGCGCGGGCAACCCGUGCCUGCACGGCGGCUCGUGCAUCGACCUGGUGGACGGCUACCGCUGCGUGUGCGCGCCGCCGCACUCCGGCCGCAACUGCGAGAACACGCUCGACCCCUGCCAGCCCAACCAGUGCCGGCACGGCGGGCGCUGCGUGGCCGAGGCGUCGUACGCGGAGUUCACGUGCGUGUGCGGCGCGGGCUGGGCCGGCGCGCUGUGCGAGCGCGACGUGGACGAGUGCGCCGCGUCCGCGCCCUGCCACAACGCCGCCACCUGCCUCAACAGCGCCGGCUCCUACGCCUGCCUGUGCGCGCGCGGCUACGAGGGCCGCGACUGCGCCGUCAACACCGACGACUGCGCCUCCUGUACGUACCCGUUGCGCACUGCGCCCUGCGCACUGCGCACUACAUACCCACCGCCUCAACAGCGCCGGCUCCUACGCCUGCCUGUGCGCGCGCGGCUACGAGGGCCGCGACUGCGCCGUCAACACCGACGACUGCGCCUCCUGUACGUACCCGUUGCGCACUGCGCCCUGCGCACUGCGCACUACAUACCCACCGCCUCAACAGCGCCGGCUCCUACGCCUGCCUGUGCGCGCGCGGCUACGAGGGCCGCGACUGCGCCGUCAACACCGACGACUGCGCCUCCUGUACGUACCCGUUGCGCACUGCGCCCUGCGCACUGCGCACUACAUACCCACCGCCUCAACAGCGCCGGCUCCUACGCCUGCCUGUGCGCGCGCGGCUACGAGGGCCGCGACUGCGCCGUCAACACCGACGACUGCGCCUCCUGUACGUACCCGUUGCGCACUGCGCCCUGCGCACUGCGCACUACAUACCCACCGCCUCAACAGCGCCGGCUCCUACGCCUGCCUGUGCGCGCGCGGCUACGAGGGCCGCGACUGCGCCGUCAACACCGACGACUGCGCCUCCUGUACGUACCCGUUGCGCACUGCGCCCUGCGCACUGCGCACUACAUACCCACCGCCUCAACAGCGCCGGCUCCUACGCCUGCCUGUGCGCGCGCGGCUACGAGGGCCGCGACUGCGCCGUCAACACCGACGACUGCGCCUCCUGUACGUACCCGUUGCGCACUGCGCCCUGCGCACUGCGCACUACAUACCCACCGCCUCAACAGCGCCGGCUCCUACGCCUGCCUGUGCGCGCGCGGCUACGAGGGCCGCGACUGCGCCGUCAACACCGACGACUGCGCCUCCUGUACGUACCCGUUGCGCACUGCGCCCUGCGCACUGCGCACUACAUACCCACCGCCUCAACAGCGCCGGCUCCUACGCCUGCCUGUGCGCGCGCGGCUACGAGGGCCGCGACUGCGCCGUCAACACCGACGACUGCGCCUCCUGUACGUACCCGUUGCGCACUGCGCCCUGCGCACUGCGCACUACAUACCCACCGCCUCAACAGCGCCGGCUCCUACGCCUGCCUGUGCGCGCGCGGCUACGAGGGCCGCGACUGCGCCGUCAACACCGACGACUGCGCCUCCUGUACGUACCCGUUGCGCACUGCGCCCUGCGCACUGCGCACUACAUACCCACCGCCUCAACAGCGCCGGCUCCUACGCCUGCCUGUGCGCGCGCGGCUACGAGGGCCGCGACUGCGCCGUCAACACCGACGACUGCGCCUCCUGUACGUACCCGUUGCGCACUGCGCCCUGCGCACUGCGCACUACAUACCCACCGCCUCAACAGCGCCGGCUCCUACGCCUGCCUGUGCGCGCGCGGCUACGAGGGCCGCGACUGCGCCGUCAACACCGACGACUGCGCCUCCUGUACGUACCCGUUGCGCACUGCGCCCUGCGCACUGCGCACUACAUACCCACCGCCUCAACAGCGCCGGCUCCUACGCCUGCCUGUGCGCGCGCGGCUACGAGGGCCGCGACUGCGCCGUCAACACCGACGACUGCGCCUCCUGUACGUACCCGUUGCGCACUGCGCCCUGCGCACUGCGCACUACAUACCCACCGCCUCAACAGCGCCGGCUCCUACGCCUGCCUGUGCGCGCGCGGCUACGAGGGCCGCGACUGCGCCGUCAACACCGACGACUGCGCCUCCUGUACGUACCCGUUGCGCACUGCGCCCUGCGCACUGCGCACUACAUACCCACCGCCUCAACAGCGCCGGCUCCUACGCCUGCCUGUGCGCGCGCGGCUACGAGGGCCGCGACUGCGCCGUCAACACCGACGACUGCGCCUCCUGUACGUACCCGUUGCGCACUGCGCCCUGCGCACUGCGCACUACAUACCCACCGCCUCAACAGCGCCGGCUCCUACGCCUGCCUGUGCGCGCGCGGCUACGAGGGCCGCGACUGCGCCGUCAACACCGACGACUGCGCCUCCUGUACGUACCCGUUGCGCACUGCGCCCUGCGCACUGCGCACUACAUACCCACCGCCUCAACAGCGCCGGCUCCUACGCCUGCCUGUGCGCGCGCGGCUACGAGGGCCGCGACUGCGCCGUCAACACCGACGACUGCGCCUCCUGUACGUACCCGUUGCGCACUGCGCCCUGCGCACUGCGCACUACAUACCCACCGCCUCAACAGCGCCGGCUCCUACGCCUGCCUGUGCGCGCGCGGCUACGAGGGCCGCGACUGCGCCGUCAACACCGACGACUGCGCCUCCUGUACGUACCCGUUGCGCACUGCGCCCUGCGCACUGCGCACUACAUACCCACCGCCUCAACAGCGCCGGCUCCUACGCCUGCCUGUGCGCGCGCGGCUACGAGGGCCGCGACUGCGCCGUCAACACCGACGACUGCGCCUCCUGUACGUACCCGUUGCGCACUGCGCCCUGCGCACUGCGCACUACAUACCCACCGCCUCAACAGCGCCGGCUCCUACGCCUGCCUGUGCGCGCGCGGCUACGAGGGCCGCGACUGCGCCGUCAACACCGACGACUGCGCCUCCUGUACGUACCCGUUGCGCACUGCGCCCUGCGCACUGCGCACUACAUACCCACCGCCUCAACAGCGCCGGCUCCUACGCCUGCCUGUGCGCGCGCGGCUACGAGGGCCGCGACUGCGCCGUCAACACCGACGACUGCGCCUCCUGUACGUACCCGUUGCGCACUGCGCCCUGCGCACUGCGCACUACAUACCCACCGCCUCAACAGCGCCGGCUCCUACGCCUGCCUGUGCGCGCGCGGCUACGAGGGCCGCGACUGCGCCGUCAACACCGACGACUGCGCCUCCUGUACGUACCCGUUGCGCACUGCGCCCUGCGCACUGCGCACUACAUACCCACCGCCUCAACAGCGCCGGCUCCUACGCCUGCCUGUGCGCGCGCGGCUACGAGGGCCGCGACUGCGCCGUCAACACCGACGACUGCGCCUCCUGUACGUACCCGUUGCGCACUGCGCCCUGCGCACUGCGCACUACAUACCCACCGCCUCAACAGCGCCGGCUCCUACGCCUGCCUGUGCGCGCGCGGCUACGAGGGCCGCGACUGCGCCGUCAACACCGACGACUGCGCCUCCUGUACGUACCCGUUGCGCACUGCGCCCUGCGCACUGCGCACUACAUACCCACCGCCUCAACAGCGCCGGCUCCUACGCCUGCCUGUGCGCGCGCGGCUACGAGGGCCGCGACUGCGCCGUCAACACCGACGACUGCGCCUCCUGUACGUACCCGUUGCGCACUGCGCCCUGCGCACUGCGCACUACAUACCCACCGCCUCAACAGCGCCGGCUCCUACGCCUGCCUGUGCGCGCGCGGCUACGAGGGCCGCGACUGCGCCGUCAACACCGACGACUGCGCCUCCUGUACGUACCCGUUGCGCACUGCGCCCUGCGCACUGCGCACUACAUACCCACCGCCUCAACAGCGCCGGCUCCUACGCCUGCCUGUGCGCGCGCGGCUACGAGGGCCGCGACUGCGCCGUCAACACCGACGACUGCGCCUCCUGUACGUACCCGUUGCGCACUGCGCCCUGCGCACUGCGCACUACAUACCCACCGCCUCAACAGCGCCGGCUCCUACGCCUGCCUGUGCGCGCGCGGCUACGAGGGCCGCGACUGCGCCGUCAACACCGACGACUGCGCCUCCUGUACGUACCCGUUGCGCACUGCGCCCUGCGCACUGCGCACUACAUACCCACCGCCUCAACAGCGCCGGCUCCUACGCCUGCCUGUGCGCGCGCGGCUACGAGGGCCGCGACUGCGCCGUCAACACCGACGACUGCGCCUCCUGUACGUACCCGUUGCGCACUGCGCCCUGCGCACUGCGCACUACAUACCCACCGCCUCAACAGCGCCGGCUCCUACGCCUGCCUGUGCGCGCGCGGCUACGAGGGCCGCGACUGCGCCGUCAACACCGACGACUGCGCCUCCUGUACGUACCCGUUGCGCACUGCGCCCUGCGCACUGCGCACUACAUACCCACCGCCUCAACAGCGCCGGCUCCUACGCCUGCCUGUGCGCGCGCGGCUACGAGGGCCGCGACUGCGCCGUCAACACCGACGACUGCGCCUCCUGUACGUACCCGUUGCGCACUGCGCCCUGCGCACUGCGCACUACAUACCCACCGCCUCAACAGCGCCGGCUCCUACGCCUGCCUGUGCGCGCGCGGCUACGAGGGCCGCGACUGCGCCGUCAACACCGACGACUGCGCCUCCUGUACGUACCCGUUGCGCACUGCGCCCUGCGCACUGCGCACUACAUACCCACCGCCUCAACAGCGCCGGCUCCUACGCCUGCCUGUGCGCGCGCGGCUACGAGGGCCGCGACUGCGCCGUCAACACCGACGACUGCGCCUCCUGUACGUACCCGUUGCGCACUGCGCCCUGCGCACUGCGCACUACAUACCCACCGCCUCAACAGCGCCGGCUCCUACGCCUGCCUGUGCGCGCGCGGCUACGAGGGCCGCGACUGCGCCGUCAACACCGACGACUGCGCCUCCUGCACGUACCCGCUGCGCACUGCGCACUGCGCACUGCGCACUACCUACCCACCGCCUCAACAGCGCCGGCUCCUACGCCUGCCUGUGCGCGCGCGGCUACGAGGGCCGCGACUGCGCCGUCAACACCGACGACUGCGCCUCCUGUACGUACCCGUUGCGCACUGCGCCCUGCGCACUGCGCACUACAUACCCACCGCCUCAACAGCGCCGGCUCCUACGCCUGCCUGUGCGCGCGCGGCUACGAGGGCCGCGACUGCGCCGUCAACACCGACGACUGCGCCUCCUGCACGUACCCGCUGCGCACUGCGCACUGCGCACUGCGCACUACCUACCCACCGCCUCAACAGCGCCGGCUCCUACGCCUGCCUGUGCGCGCGCGGCUACGAGGGCCGCGACUGCGCCGUCAACACCGACGACUGCGCCUCCUGUACGUACCCGUUGCGCACUGCGCCCUGCGCACUGCGCACUACAUACCCACCGCCUCAACAGCGCCGGCUCCUACGCCUGCCUGUGCGCGCGCGGCUACGAGGGCCGCGACUGCGCCGUCAACACCGACGACUGCGCCUCCUGUACGUACCCGUUGCGCACUGCGCCCUGCGCACUGCGCACUACAUACCCACCGCCUCAACAGCGCCGGCUCCUACGCCUGCCUGUGCGCGCGCGGCUACGAGGGCCGCGACUGCGCCGUCAACACCGACGACUGCGCCUCCUGUACGUACCCGUUGCGCACUGCGCCCUGCGCACUGCGCACUACAUACCCACCGCCUCAACAGCGCCGGCUCCUACGCCUGCCUGUGCGCGCGCGGCUACGAGGGCCGCGACUGCGCCGUCAACACCGACGACUGCGCCUCCUGUACGUACCCGUUGCGCACUGCGCCCUGCGCACUGCGCACUACAUACCCACCGCCUCAACAGCGCCGGCUCCUACGCCUGCCUGUGCGCGCGCGGCUACGAGGGCCGCGACUGCGCCGUCAACACCGACGACUGCGCCUCCUGUACGUACCCGUUGCGCACUGCGCCCUGCGCACUGCGCACUACAUACCCACCGCCUCAACAGCGCCGGCUCCUACGCCUGCCUGUGCGCGCGCGGCUACGAGGGCCGCGACUGCGCCGUCAACACCGACGACUGCGCCUCCUGUACGUACCCGUUGCGCACUGCGCCCUGCGCACUGCGCACUACAUACCCACCGCCUCAACAGCGCCGGCUCCUACGCCUGCCUGUGCGCGCGCGGCUACGAGGGCCGCGACUGCGCCGUCAACACCGACGACUGCGCCUCCUGUACGUACCCGUUGCGCACUGCGCCCUGCGCACUGCGCACUACAUACCCACCGCCUCAACAGCGCCGGCUCCUACGCCUGCCUGUGCGCGCGCGGCUACGAGGGCCGCGACUGCGCCGUCAACACCGACGACUGCGCCUCCUGUACGUACCCGUUGCGCACUGCGCCCUGCGCACUGCGCACUACAUACCCACCGCCUCAACAGCGCCGGCUCCUACGCCUGCCUGUGCGCGCGCGGCUACGAGGGCCGCGACUGCGCCGUCAACACCGACGACUGCGCCUCCUGUACGUACCCGUUGCGCACUGCGCCCUGCGCACUGCGCACUACAUACCCACCGCCUCAACAGCGCCGGCUCCUACGCCUGCCUGUGCGCGCGCGGCUACGAGGGCCGCGACUGCGCCGUCAACACCGACGACUGCGCCUCCUGUACGUACCCGUUGCGCACUGCGCCCUGCGCACUGCGCACUACAUACCCACCGCCUCAACAGCGCCGGCUCCUACGCCUGCCUGUGCGCGCGCGGCUACGAGGGCCGCGACUGCGCCGUCAACACCGACGACUGCGCCUCCUGUACGUACCCGUUGCGCACUGCGCCCUGCGCACUGCGCACUACAUACCCACCGCCUCAACAGCGCCGGCUCCUACGCCUGCCUGUGCGCGCGCGGCUACGAGGGCCGCGACUGCGCCGUCAACACCGACGACUGCGCCUCCUGUACGUACCCGUUGCGCACUGCGCCCUGCGCACUGCGCACUACAUACCCACCGCCUCAACAGCGCCGGCUCCUACGCCUGCCUGUGCGCGCGCGGCUACGAGGGCCGCGACUGCGCCGUCAACACCGACGACUGCGCCUCCUGUACGUACCCGUUGCGCACUGCGCCCUGCGCACUGCGCACUACAUACCCACCGCCUCAACAGCGCCGGCUCCUACGCCUGCCUGUGCGCGCGCGGCUACGAGGGCCGCGACUGCGCCGUCAACACCGACGACUGCGCCUCCUGUACGUACCCGUUGCGCACUGCGCCCUGCGCACUGCGCACUACAUACCCACCGCCUCAACAGCGCCGGCUCCUACGCCUGCCUGUGCGCGCGCGGCUACGAGGGCCGCGACUGCGCCGUCAACACCGACGACUGCGCCUCCUGUACGUACCCGUUGCGCACUGCGCCCUGCGCACUGCGCACUACAUACCCACCGCCUCAACAGCGCCGGCUCCUACGCCUGCCUGUGCGCGCGCGGCUACGAGGGCCGCGACUGCGCCGUCAACACCGACGACUGCGCCUCCUGUACGUACCCGUUGCGCACUGCGCCCUGCGCACUGCGCACUACAUACCCACCGCCUCAACAGCGCCGGCUCCUACGCCUGCCUGUGCGCGCGCGGCUACGAGGGCCGCGACUGCGCCGUCAACACCGACGACUGCGCCUCCUGCACGUACCCGCUGCGCACUGCGCACUGCGCACUGCGCACUACCUACCCACCGCCUCAACAGCGCCGGCUCCUACGCCUGCCUGUGCGCGCGCGGCUACGAGGGCCGCGACUGCGCCGUCAACACCGACGACUGCGCCUCCUGUACGUACCCGUUGCGCACUGCGCCCUGCGCACUGCGCACUACAUACCCACCGCCUCAACAGCGCCGGCUCCUACGCCUGCCUGUGCGCGCGCGGCUACGAGGGCCGCGACUGCGCCGUCAACACCGACGACUGCGCCUCCUGCACGUACCCGCUGCGCACUGCGCACUGCGCACUGCGCACUACCUACCCACCGCCUCAACAGCGCCGGCUCCUACGCCUGCCUGUGCGCGCGCGGCUACGAGGGCCGCGACUGCGCCGUCAACACCGACGACUGCGCCUCCUGUACGUACCCGUUGCGCACUGCGCCCUGCGCACUGCGCACUACAUACCCACCGCCUCAACAGCGCCGGCUCCUACGCCUGCCUGUGCGCGCGCGGCUACGAGGGCCGCGACUGCGCCGUCAACACCGACGACUGCGCCUCCUGUACGUACCCGUUGCGCACUGCGCCCUGCGCACUGCGCACUACAUACCCACCGCCUCAACAGCGCCGGCUCCUACGCCUGCCUGUGCGCGCGCGGCUACGAGGGCCGCGACUGCGCCGUCAACACCGACGACUGCGCCUCCUGUACGUACCCGUUGCGCACUGCGCCCUGCGCACUGCGCACUACAUACCCACCGCCUCAACAGCGCCGGCUCCUACGCCUGCCUGUGCGCGCGCGGCUACGAGGGCCGCGACUGCGCCGUCAACACCGACGACUGCGCCUCCUUUCCAUGCCAAAAUGGCGCUACGUGUUUGGACAGCAUCGGCGACUACAACUGCGUGUGUGCGAGCGGGUUCGCUGGCAAACAUUGUGAGAUCGACAUAGACGAGUGCCAGUCGAGGCCAUGCAUGAAUGGAGCUACGUGUAAUCAGUAUGUGGCGUCGUACACUUGCACGUGUCCGCUGGGUUUCUCCGGGAUCAACUGUCAGACCAACGACGAGGACUGCACGGAAUCCAGCUGCAUGAAUGGAGGCACCUGUAUCGAUGGCAUCAACUCUUAUAACUGCUCAUGUCCACCUGGGUACACGGGUUCGAACUGCCAGUUCCGCAUCAACAUGUGCGACAGCUCUCCGUGCGACAACGGCGCCACCUGCCAUGAUCACGUCACGUUCUACACUUGCCACUGUCCCUACGGAUAUACCGGGAAGCACUGUGAAGCAUAUGUUGACUGGUGCGAGAACCGUCCGUGCGAGAACGGCGCCACGUGCUCGCAGUCCGGCGCGCAGUACGCCUGCGCCUGCGCGCCCGGCUGGGCCGGCAAGCUGUGCGACGUGCAGAUGGUCUCCUGCAACGACGCCGCGCUCAGGAAAGGUGUCAAAAUGAAACAACUGUGCAACAACGGUACUUGUGAGGACAUCGGUAACUCACACCGCUGCCACUGUCUGGACGGCUACACCGGGUCCUACUGCCAGAAGGAGAUCAACGAGUGUGACUCCGCGCCUUGUCAGAAUGGAGCCCUGUGCAAGGACCUCGUAGGAACUUACCAGUGCCAAUGCGCCAAGGGAUUCCAAGGACAGAACUGCGAGCUGAACGUCAACGACUGCCUCCCUAACCCGUGCCAGAACGGAGGAACCUGCCACGAUCUGAUCAACAACUUCUCCUGCUCCUGCCCCUUUGGAACUCUCGGGAAGAUCUGUGAGAUAAACGUAAAUGACUGCAAACAGGACGCGUGUCACAACAACGGCACGUGUAUAGACAAAGUCGGCGGGUUCGAGUGCAAAUGCCCCCCAGGUUUCGUCGGACCGAGAUGUGAGGGCGAUAUCAACGAAUGCCUCUCCAACCCGUGCUCGAACCCCGGCACGCAGGAUUGCGUCCAAUUAGUCAACGAUUACCACUGUAAUUGUAAACCUGGAUUUAUGGGAAGGCAUUGCGACGCCAAAGUAAACUUCUGCGCAAACUCGCCUUGCCAAAAUGGCGGUAUUUGCACAGCGAUACAAGGAGGACACGAAUGUUUAUGCAAUGACGGAUUCUACGGAAAGAAUUGCGAGUAUUCAGGUUACGCAUGCGACUCAAAUCCGUGCCAGAACGGAGGCUAUUGCCGGACGUCGGAAAUUGGAGACUACAUCUGCGACUGCCCAUCCGGAUUGUCCGGUAUCAACUGUGAGAUUGACUCUAUGAAUGAAUGUCUUAGUAACCCGUGCAAACAUCCGGAAGCCCGAUGCAUAGACAAACCCGGCGACUUCCUCUGCUACUGUCCAAGGCAAUGGACUGGAAAGAACUGCGAUAUCUUCGACCCCCACUCUAGAGGCGGAUACGGCAGUCCCGUUUCGGGGGUUUAUAAUAAAAAUCCGGGUUUGACAUUGCAAGAGUUGGAUCUGGCAUUCCAAAGGGAACAGUGCGUGAAGUUGGGCUGUAAGGAGAAGCAGUCCGACCACCACUGCGACGAAGAAUGUAAUACAUAUGCAUGCGAAUUUGACGGAAACGAUUGCUCCCUCGGCAUUAACCCUUGGGCGAAUUGCACAGCGCCAAUAAAAUGCUGGGAAGUAUUUAUGAACGGGGAGUGCAAUGAAGUGUGUAACACGCAAGCUUGCUUAUUCGACGGAAGGGACUGUCAGAAGUCGCUGCAACGUUGCAACCCCAUCUACGACGCAUAUUGCCAGAAACACUAUGCGAACGGCCACUGCGAUUACGGAUGCAACAACGCGGAGUGUAACUGGGACGGCCUUGACUGCGAGAACGAACCCCCAGACCUUGCUGAAGGUGUCAUGUCCGUCAUCUUGCUCAUGGACGUGCGAACGUUCAAAGAGAACUCGGUGGCGUUCUUACGAGACUUGGGCCACCAGCUAAGAACAACUGUAGUGAUCAAGAAAGACCAUCUCGGCAACGAUAUGGUGUACCCGUGGAAAGGAGCGGCAGACGUCGGUCUUCAAGACACCGAGUUUGGAAAGAAACAUCAGAUUGUCUAUACCGAAAGGGGCCAGUCAGGUGUUCAAGUGUACCUAGAACUUGACAACAGAAAAUGCUCGGCAAUAUCCGGAGCCGAGUGCUUCUUCUCCACUCGUGAAGCCGCUGAUUUCUUAGCAGCCACCGCUUCUAAGCAUUCGUUGUCACCUGACUUCCCGAUCUUCCAAGUGAAGGGAGUCACAACACCAGAUAGCCCUGGAGAGUUACCAACAAACUCCAAGUACGUUUUUAUCGGUGUUAUUCUAGUCCUGCUCGCUGGCUUACUGAUCGGAGUUCUAGUGACUGCGCAAAGAAAACGUGCUGCUGGCAUAACUUGGUUCCCCGAAGGCUUCAUCCGAAAUAAUUCCUCGACAAGAAGGCGCUCUAGACGCCGAGGUCCCGAUGGCCAGGAAAUGAGAAAUUUGAACAAAGGAUCUAUGGGUUGUAUUGAUGUGGACAUCAAUGGUGGGCAUAUGGGACCGCCGCAUUGGUCGGAUGAGGACGACGAUGGCUCAGCACCACCAAGGGCUAAGAGAGCGCGAGGUCCAGGGGAUGCUAAUGGUGCUCCUGGAGGUUAUGCUUCAGAUCAUACGGCAAUCACGGAUUACGAGGAGGCUGGUCACGAUUCGAGAGUAUGGACGCAGCCGCACUUGGACGCGGCAGAUAUACGGGUACCACCGAGUAUGAUGACUCCUCCAGCAAUCCACGACGGGCACGCGGACGUGAACGCACGUGGGCCGCUGGGCAUGACGCCGCUGAUGGUGGCGGCCAUCCGCGGCGGCGCGCUGGACGCCGGCUCCGACGCCGAGGACGAGCACACCGCGCACGUCAUCUCCGACCUGGUGGCGCAGGGCGCGCAGCUCAACGCCGCCAUGGACAAGACCGGCGAGACCAGCCUGCACCUCGCCGCCAGGUACAGUACAACGCGGAUCCCACGCCGAGGACGAGCACACCGCGCACGUCAUCUCCGACCUGGUGGCGCAGGGCGCGCAGCUCAACGCCGCCAUGGACAAGACCGGCGAGACCAGCCUGCACCUCGCCGCCAGGUACAGUACAACGCGGAUCCCACGCCGAGGACGAGCACACCGCGCACGUCAUCUCCGACCUGGUGGCGCAGGGCGCGCAGCUCAACGCCGCCAUGGACAAGACCGGCGAGACCAGCCUGCACCUCGCCGCCAGGUACAGUACAACGCGGAUCCCACGCCGAGGACGAGCACACCGCGCACGUCAUCUCCGACCUGGUGGCGCAGGGCGCGCAGCUCAACGCCGCCAUGGACAAGACCGGCGAGACCAGCCUGCACCUCGCCGCCAGGUACAGUACAACGCGGAUCCCACGCCGAGGACGAGCACACCGCGCACGUCAUCUCCGACCUGGUGGCGCAGGGCGCGCAGCUCAACGCCGCCAUGGACAAGACCGGCGAGACCAGCCUGCACCUCGCCGCCAGGUACAGUACAACGCGGAUCCCACGCCGAGGACGAGCACACCGCGCACGUCAUCUCCGACCUGGUGGCGCAGGGCGCGCAGCUCAACGCCGCCAUGGACAAGACCGGCGAGACCAGCCUGCACCUCGCCGCCAGGUACAGUACAACGCGGAUCCCACGCCGAGGACGAGCACACCGCGCACGUCAUCUCCGACCUGGUGGCGCAGGGCGCGCAGCUCAACGCCGCCAUGGACAAGACCGGCGAGACCAGCCUGCACCUCGCCGCCAGGUACAGUACAACGCGGAUCCCACGCCGAGGACGAGCACACCGCGCACGUCAUCUCCGACCUGGUGGCGCAGGGCGCGCAGCUCAACGCCGCCAUGGACAAGACCGGCGAGACCAGCCUGCACCUCGCCGCCAGGUACAGUACAACGCGGAUCCCACGCCGAGGACGAGCACACCGCGCACGUCAUCUCCGACCUGGUGGCGCAGGGCGCGCAGCUCAACGCCGCCAUGGACAAGACCGGCGAGACCAGCCUGCACCUCGCCGCCAGGUACAGUACAACGCGGAUCCCACGCCGAGGACGAGCACACCGCGCACGUCAUCUCCGACCUGGUGGCGCAGGGCGCGCAGCUCAACGCCGCCAUGGACAAGACCGGCGAGACCAGCCUGCACCUCGCCGCCAGGUACAGUACAACGCGGAUCCCACGCCGAGGACGAGCACACCGCGCACGUCAUCUCCGACCUGGUGGCGCAGGGCGCGCAGCUCAACGCCGCCAUGGACAAGACCGGCGAGACCAGCCUGCACCUCGCCGCCAGGUACAGUACAACGCGGAUCCCACGCCGAGGACGAGCACACCGCGCACGUCAUCUCCGACCUGGUGGCGCAGGGCGCGCAGCUCAACGCCGCCAUGGACAAGACCGGCGAGACCAGCCUGCACCUCCCCGCCAGGUACAGUACAACGCGGAUCCCACGCCGAGGACGAGCACACCGCGCACGUCAUCUCCGACCUGGUGGCGCAGGGCGCGCAGCUCAACGCCGCCAUGGACAAGACCGGCGAGACCAGCCUGCACCUCGCCGCCAGGUACAGUACAACGCGGAUCCCACGCCGAGGACGAGCACACCGCGCACGUCAUCUCCGACCUGGUGGCGCAGGGCGCGCAGCUCAACGCCGCCAUGGACAAGACCGGCGAGACCAGCCUGCACCUCGCCGCCAGGUACAGUACAACGCGGAUCCCACGCCGAGGACGAGCACACCGCGCACGUCAUCUCCGACCUGGUGGCGCAGGGCGCGCAGCUCAACGCCGCCAUGGACAAGACCGGCGAGACCAGCCUGCACCUCGCCGCCAGGUACAGUACAACGCGGAUCCCACGCCGAGGACGAGCACACCGCGCACGUCAUCUCCGACCUGGUGGCGCAGGGCGCGCAGCUCAACGCCGCCAUGGACAAGACCGGCGAGACCAGCCUGCACCUCGCCGCCAGGUACAGUACAACGCGGAUCCCACGCCGAGGACGAGCACACCGCGCACGUCAUCUCCGACCUGGUGGCGCAGGGCGCGCAGCUCAACGCCGCCAUGGACAAGACCGGCGAGACCAGCCUGCACCUCGCCGCCAGGUACAGUACAACGCGGAUCCCACGCCGAGGACGAGCACACCGCGCACGUCAUCUCCGACCUGGUGGCGCAGGGCGCGCAGCUCAACGCCGCCAUGGACAAGACCGGCGAGACCAGCCUGCACCUCGCCGCCAGGUACAGUACAACGCGGAUCCCACGCCGAGGACGAGCACACCGCGCACGUCAUCUCCGACCUGGUGGCGCAGGGCGCGCAGCUCAACGCCGCCAUGGACAAGACCGGCGAGACCAGCCUGCACCUCGCCGCCAGGUACAGUACAACGCGGAUCCCACGCCGAGGACGAGCACACCGCGCACGUCAUCUCCGACCUGGUGGCGCAGGGCGCGCAGCUCAACGCCGCCAUGGACAAGACCGGCGAGACCAGCCUGCACCUCGCCGCCAGGUACAGUACAACGCGGAUCCCACGCCGAGGACGAGCACACCGCGCACGUCAUCUCCGACCUGGUGGCGUAGGGCGCGCAGCUCAACGCCGCCAUGGACAAGACCGGCGAGACCAGCCUGCACCUCGCCGCCAGGUACAGUACAACGCGGAUCCCACGCCGAGGACGAGCACACCGCGCACGUCAUCUCCGACCUGGUGGCGCAGGGCGCGCAGCUCAACGCCGCCAUGGACAAGACCGGCGAGACCAGCCUGCACCUCGCCGCCAGGUACAGUACAACGCGGAUCCCACGCCGAGGACGAGCACACCGCGCACGUCAUCUCCGACCUGGUGGCGCAGGGCGCGCAGCUCAACGCCGCCAUGGACAAGACCGGCGAGACCAGCCUGCACCUCGCCGCCAGGUACAGUACAACGCGGAUCCCACGCCGAGGACGAGCACACCGCGCACGUCAUCUCCGACCUGGUGGCGCAGGGCGCGCAGCUCAACGCCGCCAUGGACAAGACCGGCGAGACCAGCCUGCACCUCGCCGCCAGGUACAGUACAACGCGGAUCCCACGCCGAGGACGAGCACACCGCGCACGUCAUCUCCGACCUGGUGGCGCAGGGCGCGCAGCUCAACGCCGCCAUGGACAAGACCGGCGAGACCAGCCUGCACCUCGCCGCCAGGUACAGUACAACGCGGAUCCCACGCCGAGGACGAGCACACCGCGCACGUCAUCUCCGACCUGGUGGCGCAGGGCGCGCAGCUCAACGCCGCCAUGGACAAGACCGGCGAGACCAGCCUGCACCUCGCCGCCAGGUACAGUACAACGCGGAUCCCACGCCGAGGACGAGCACACCGCGCACGUCAUCUCCGACCUGGUGGCGCAGGGCGCGCAGCUCAACGCCGCCAUGGACAAGACCGGCGAGACCAGCCUGCACCUCGCCGCCAGGUACAGUACAACGCGGAUCCCACGCCGAGGACGAGCACACCGCGCACGUCAUCUCCGACCUGGUGGCGCAGGGCGCGCAGCUCAACGCCGCCAUGGACAAGACCGGCGAGACCAGCCUGCACCUCGCCGCCAGGUACAGUACAACGCGGAUCCCACGCCGAGGACGAGCACACCGCGCACGUCAUCUCCGACCUGGUGGCGCAGGGCGCGCAGCUCAACGCCGCCAUGGACAAGACCGGCGAGACCAGCCUGCACCUCGCCGCCAGGUACAGUACAACGCGGAUCCCACGCCGAGGACGAGCACACCGCGCACGUCAUCUCCGACCUGGUGGCGCAGGGCGCGCAGCUCAACGCCGCCAUGGACAAGACCGGCGAGACCAGCCUGCACCUCGCCGCCAGGUACAGUACAACGCGGAUCCCACGCCGAGGACGAGCACACCGCGCACGUCAUCUCCGACCUGGUGGCGCAGGGCGCGCAGCUCAACGCCGCCAUGGACAAGACCGGCGAGACCAGCCUGCACCUCGCCGCCAGGUACAGUACAACGCGGAUCCCACGCCGAGGACGAGCACACCGCGCACGUCAUCUCCGACCUGGUGGCGCAGGGCGCGCAGCUCAACGCCGCCAUGGACAAGACCGGCGAGACCAGCCUGCACCUCGCCGCCAGGUACAGUACAACGCGGAUCCCACGCCGAGGACGAGCACACCGCGCACGUCAUCUCCGACCUGGUGGCGCAGGGCGCGCAGCUCAACGCCGCCAUGGACAAGACCGGCGAGACCAGCCUGCACCUCGCCGCCAGGUACAGUACAACGCGGAUCCCACGCCGAGGACGAGCACACCGCGCACGUCAUCUCCGACCUGGUGGCGCAGGGCGCGCAGCUCAACGCCGCCAUGGACAAGACCGGCGAGACCAGCCUGCACCUCGCCGCCAGGUACAGUACAACGCGGAUCCCACGCCGAGGACGAGCACACCGCGCACGUCAUCUCCGACCUGGUGGCGCAGGGCGCGCAGCUCAACGCCGCCAUGGACAAGACCGGCGAGACCAGCCUGCACCUCGCCGCCAGGUACAGUACAACGCGGAUCCCACGCCGAGGACGAGCACACCGCGCACGUCAUCUCCGACCUGGUGGCGCAGGGCGCGCAGCUCAACGCCGCCAUGGACAAGACCGGCGAGACCAGCCUGCACCUCGCCGCCAGGUACAGUACAACGCGGAUCCCACGCCGAGGACGAGCACACCGCGCACGUCAUCUCCGACCUGGUGGCGCAGGGCGCGCAGCUCAACGCCGCCAUGGACAAGACCGGCGAGACCAGCCUGCACCUCGCCGCCAGAUACGCAAGAGCGGAUGCUGCGAAGAGGCUCUUGGACGCCGGAGCGGACGCGAACUCUCAGGACAACACGGGACGGACGCCGCUGCAUUCAGCCGUCGCAGCAGAUGCCAUGGGCGUAUUCCAGAUUUUACUAAGGAAUAGGGCUACAAAUCUAAAUGCCCGCAUGCACGACGGAACCACACCCCUCAUUCUUGCUGCAAGGCUAGCGAUCGAGGGCAUGGUUGAAGACCUAAUCAAUGCCGAUGCUGACAUCAACGCAGCGGACAACAGUGGCAAAACUGCACUACACUGGGCAGCCGCUGUCAACAAUGUCGACGCCGUUAAUGUACUGUUAGUGCAUGGCGCAAAUCGAGACGCACAAGACGAUAAGGACGAGACACCUUUGUUCCUGGGCGCUCGCGAGGGAUCGUACGGCGCGUGCCGGGCGCUGCUGGACGCGCUCGCCAACCGCGAGAUCACCGACCACAUGGACCGGCUGCCGCGCGACGUGGCGCAGGAGCGCAUGCACGACGACAUCGUGCGCCUGCUCGACGACCACUGCCCGCGCCCGCCGCACCACCACCUGCUGCCGUCACCUAACCCUCAUCCGCAGCUGAUCAGUCAGCCGACGGUGAUCGCGAGUGCGAAGGGCAAGCCCAAAAAGCCGCGCGCAAAGCCCGGCCCCGACAGUCCACAGGAGCAAACCUACGACAACAAUAACCUACAACAUACGCAGAUUCGACGGAAGCCAAGUGUAAAAAAGAAUAAUAAGAAAGUGGCGCAAGAGGUGCCACAGAGCAUAGAAAGCUUGGGCUCAAGCCUAAGUCCUGUCGAGUCACCACUCCAAAAUUUACAGGAUUUGCCGUCGCCGUACGACGCGACGUCGCUGUACUCGAACGCUAUGGCGCAAUUCCCAGGCAUGGAGCAGCUUAUACAGCACAAGCAACCGCCCAGCUAUGAGGAUUGCGUCAAGACGGGUCAGACGCUGCAGUACGGCGGCGGCCUGGGCGCCUCGCUGUCGCCGCCAUACUCCAACCACUCGCCCACGCACAGCAACCACACCACCUCCCCGCACGCCUAUAUAGGUUCGCCGUCGCCAGGCAAGUCGCGGCCGUCGCUACCGACGUCUCCUGCCCACAUGGCAGCGCUGCGCCACUCGCAUCAGCAUCAGCUAGACGCUGCAACAUAUUCUGCGCUAGCCCACCUCAGUGCGAACGGGCAACACAACGCUCAGCUGCAGGCGGUCAUGACGCACGCGGCUGCUCUCGGCCAGGUGCAAGGCGGCCAACAUCCCGCACUUACCAACAUGAUUUCUGGCCUAUAUGGAACCUGGGGUAUCGGAGAUACGUUCCCGACGCCGUCGCCCGAGUCGCCCGACCAGUGGUCGACGCCAUCGCCACAAACGCCCCUGACACAAUCGCCACACUCCGACUGGUCGGACCGCGCCGCACUGUCGCCUAAUGACAUGCAACAGAGCAACAAGGGAGCCACGGAAGCCAUUUAUAUAUAA